CUUUUGUUGCUCCCCUCUUCUGCAACACCCUUUUUACAAACUCUUUCCUCGCACUCUCCUUUUUCACGAACAGUUACAAAUGGCACGCGGCGGUGGCAGCAAACGGCCGGCAAAGGCCGACUGGUCCGAGUCAGCAACAAAGAAGAAGCAGGCGGGAGUGUCCGACAUGACGCUCCUGUCUAAAAUCACCAACGACGCAAUCAACGACAACCUGAAGAAGCGCUUCCACAACGCGGACAUUUACACAUACAUUGGUAAUGUGCUGAUUAGCGUGAAUCCGUUCCGAGAUCUGGGCAUUUACACACCGCAGGUGCUCAAGAGCUAUGAGAACAAGAACCGCAUGGAGCAGCCCCCGCACGUAUACGCAAUCGCCGAGGGCGCAUUCCGCAACAUGGUGUCGUACCGCGAGAGCCAGUGCGUGAUUAUCUCUGGCGAGUCGGGGGCGGGCAAGACCGAGGCGGCGAAGAAAAUCAUGGAGUACAUUGCUGCCGUGUCUGGCAGCGGCGGCGCAGGCAGCGGCAUCAGCGGCAUCAAGGACAUGGUGCUGGCGACAAACCCGCUGCUCGAGAGCUUCGGGUGCGCCAAAACGCUGCGCAACAACAACUCGAGUCGCCACGGCAAGUACCUCGAGAUUCAGUUCAACGCCGGUGGCGAGCCGGUCGGUGCCAUCAUCACCAACUACCUGCUGGAGAAGAACCGCGUGGUGGGGCAGAUCAAGAACGAGCGCAACUUCCACAUUUUCUACCAGUUUGCCAAGGCUGCGUCGCAGGAGUACCGCGAUAUGUUUGGCGUGUCGGGCCCAGAGAGCUAUCUGUACACUAGCGCCGCCGGGUGCCUGGACGUACCCAACAUCGACGAUGCCAAGGACUACGCCGACACCAUCAAGGCUAUGAACACGAUCGGAAUCACCAAGGACGAACAGGCAGGGAUCCACCGCAUGCUGGCCACAAUCUUGUGGCUAGGCAACGUGCAGUUUACCGAGGAUGACGACGGCGGCUCAGCCAUCACCGACCCCAACAUCACGCAGUUCGUCGCGUAUCUGCUGGAGGCAAACCAGGACAUGGUCAGCAAGGCCCUGACCAAGCGCACUAUCGAGACGUCGCGUGGCGGGCGACGUGGGUCCGUGUAUGAUGUGCCAUUGAACACGUCGCAGGCACGUGCAGCCCGUGACGGCCUCUCCAAGGCCAUCUACGGGCGGCUGUUUGACUGGAUUGUGGCCCGCGUCAACACUGCCAUGCAGGCGCGCGAGGCGGCGUCGUAUAUCAUCGGUGUGCUGGAUAUCUAUGGGUUCGAGAUCUUCCAGUCCAACUCGUUCGAGCAGCUGUGCAUCAACUAUGUCAACGAAAAGCUGCAGCAGAUCUUCAUUGAGCUGACGCUCAAGGCCGAGCAGGAGGAGUAUGUGCGCGAGCAGAUCCGGUGGACGCCGAUCGACUACUUCAACAACAAGAUUGUGUGCGACCUCAUCGAGGCCAAGCGCCCGCCCGGCGUGUUUGCAGCCAUGAACGACGCCUGCGCAACGGCACACGCUGACCCGAAGGCAGCCGACAACUCGCUGAGCCAGCGGCUGACCAUCUGUUCGACGGCAGCUUCACCGGUCAAGCACUACGCCGGUGACGUAACCUACACCAUCUCGGGAAUGACCGACAAGAACAAGGACCAGCUGCUGCGCGACCACCUGGAGCUGUGCAAGUCGUCGGGCAACCAGUUCCUGAGGACGCUGUUCCCGGAGCCUCUGGACCAGGACUCGAAGAAGCGGCCGCCUACGGCCAGCGAUCUGAUCAAGGGCAGCGCCAACGAGCUGGUGACCAAGCUGAUGCAGAGUCAGCCCAGCUACAUCCGUACAAUCAAGCCCAACGAGAACAAGAGCCCCUCAGAGUUCGACGACAAGCGCGUGCUGCACCAGGUCAAGUACCUGGGUCUGUGCGAAAACAUCCGCAUUCGUCGCGCCGGCUUUGCGUACCGCCAGACGUUCGAAAAGUUCGUCGAGCGCUUCUACCUACUGUCCAGCGCAACGUCGUAUGCCGGAGACUACAUCUGGACCGGCGAUGCCAAGUCGGCGUGCGUGCAGAUCUUCAAGGACACCAACAUCGCUGCCGAGGAGUGGCAGAUCGGAACCACCAAGGCUUUCAUCCGCCACCCCGAGACGCUGUGGGCGCUCGAGAAUCUGCGCGAGCGCUACUGGCACAACAUGGCGAGCCGCAUUCAGCGCGCGUGGCGGGCCCAUAUGGCAUUCAAGCAUACGGCAGCACGCAAGAUCCAGCGGUUCUGGCUGGGGAAGAAGGAGGCCCUGGAGCUGCUCAAGGUGCGGGAGAAGGGCCACGACCUGCUCGGCGGACGCAAGGAGCGCCGUCGCCUGAGUCUGAUCAGCGUGCGUGUGUUUGCCGGUGAUUACCUGGGCGUCAACAGCUCCAGCGCCGGCGGCAUCGGCCAGCUGAUCCGCGACGCCGCGGGCAUUGGCAAGGAGAAGGUCAAGUUCAGCAGCGACAUUCAGUGCCUGGUCCCGCGGUCCAUGCGGUCGGCCAUCCCCAUGCCGCGGUCGCUGGUCGUGAGCGGCCAAUACCUGUAUGUGUUGUCGGCCAUCGUCAGCCAGGGCCUGCUGCAGUACAGCGACCUUGCCAUGUCGCCGUACCAGGACGGCUGGACAGUGAUCCACCUCGAGAGCCAGCCCGACCUGGUGAUUGAGUGCGAGCUCAAGACCGAGCUGCUGACAGUGCUCAACGCCAUCUCCAACGGCCGCAUCAAGCUCCAGGUCAACUCGACCAUCGAGUACAAGAACAAGAAGCUGAAGCCGACGCAGAUCAAGUUUGUCAAGAACGAGCAGAUCAAGCGCCCGCAGUUCCUGAAAAAGACUGUGCAGCCGACAGCCAUCUCGGCGGCCCGCACCAACGUGCAGCGGACCAAGCCCAAGCCCGCGGUCUCAGUGCCUGCCCGCACCAACGGCAAUGUCCAGCGGCAGACGUCGCCACCCAGGCAGUCCCAGCGCGAUUCACCGCAGCAGAUCAUGCAGCAGUGGAACAACCAGGCUGCCGGCUCCAGCAAUGCACGUGCCAGUGCAUCGCCAGCUCCGCGCCAGCAGGCUCCACGCCAGCAGGCUCCACGCCGCCCCCGCCCGCCGCCCCCGCCGCCUGCCGCGCCUGGUGUCCCAACCCCGGCGAGCUGGGCCUGGAGAAGGACAGUUGUCUACGAGAUCCUGGACAAGAACCCCAACGGCUGGUGGCUCGGUCUGCGCGGCGGACUCGAGGGCUGGAUCCCGUCAAACUACCUGAACCCGACCCCGGAGCCCGAGGCGCCUGCACACCAGGCUGCCCCGCCGCCGCCCAGGCCCAACAUGGCCAACGGCAACAGCGGCGGUGCCCAUCAGGGCGACAAUAUGGCCAGACUGGCUGCUGCCCUGGCGUCGCGCUCCGCCAGCAACAUCCCGGCCCGCCCUGGCAUGAAUCGGUUCCAGCAGCAGCAGGACGACGAGAGCGACGAGGAGGCAUGGGAUUAGGGCCCUGCGUUUCCCUCGUAGCCAUUUCUUUUUGCUGCUUGGCUGCCAAUUUUUUUUCUAGCGCUUCAACUUUCAAUUAUAUUUUUCCUACUUUUAA